GAAGAAAAGUUUCACUUUCUGUUAUAGCUCUAGGAAAUGAGCCGGAGAGGUUUAUUAAAGCUUCCAGGUAACUUCGUGAACAAUUUAAAUGCAGAUCCAAGUGGUGUGUGUUACAUUACUUCUGUCAUCCUGUUUAUGGAUUUCAAAUAGCCAUGUAUAUGAAGAAGAUUUUGUAGAUCCAACUGACAUGCUGAAUUAUGACGCUGUUACAAAGACAAUGAGAAAGAAAACUGAGUCAACUGAGUCAAUCUUAAAGAAGCUUCUGCAGGACAUAUUGGAUGAGAUACAUCAGCUCGGUCCGCUUGGGGACAAUCAAGAACAAGACCGUCUAAACAUGCAAGAGCUUCCAGAGAUGUCAAGGUUUCUAGAAGACAAGGAAUGGGAUCCUCUUCUACUGAAAAAGGAUAUCAAGAAUGUUCUGUUUCUGUUGAAGCAUCAUAUCGACAAUAACUGGGAAAAGAGAUCUGAAUACAUUUUACAGCAUGUUCUUGAGAAUGCAUUCAAGUUUGGGGACGAUCUUGAAGAAAGUCACUUAAAAGCUAAAGACCUGCUUAAAGCUUCACUAACAGAAAUUAUAAAGUGCUUAAAGGUCAAAGUCUGGAACCCGGGGGAAUUGGAAAAGGAUCUCAAGAAUAUUCUCCUUAAGAUCAAAAAGCAUGAAGACCAAAUCUGGAAUAAAACAUGCAAAUACAGCAUCUAUAUGGAUUUUGAAAAUAUAGUUAUGGUCGUAGUUAUCCUUAUUAUGCUCCCGCGUAUCACCUUGUGGAAACUAUUGAGUACUUUUGCUAUACUAAGUGUUAUAAUCUUCAUCAUCGACACUUGUCUUUUGUGCUGGAUACCUGCCUAUAAGGCUUUUCAUAUUUUGACUAUAAUAAAAAUGUAUUUGGAACAGGAAGACUUACAACUGUCCUUAAUGAAGCGCUUUGCAGUUUUAAUAGCUAUGAUGGUUUCCUUAUACUUUGUGCUGCACUGGCUCAGGAGAGAGAAUCCAGAUGCUGAAGAAAAUGAGGAUGGUGUCCAGCGAAUACAGAGGGAGCCUGGUCCAGAUGAUGAUGAGUUGGAUCACAGAGAGCCCAUGCCUGUCUUGCAUGAACAAUUUUCCAAUGGAAGUAAUGCAUCUAGCAAUGCAUCAGAACAUCCCUCUGAAAAGUCUUUUCCUUUAUCACAGCAGGAAUCAGAUCCACGUAAUUAUGUGCCUUCUCAAAAAACACAAUCCUAUGGACAUGCAUCAAAUUCAGAGAUUACUGUACGAGAGGUAUCGUCAUCCGAGAUGGAUCCUGGAGACCAAAUGGAAUGCAAUCUAGCUGAUGUUUCUAGUUUUGGAGCAUGUGCGGAUGUGCAGAAAGGCCAAGUCCCAGCUGGUCAGAAAGUUUUCUGGAAUGAUCUGAAUAACAAAAGACAAAUUCAACGUGCAUCAUAUUUAAGGAGUGCUCUAGGAGCUGAACAAGAGAUAUUAAUAUCAUCAUCAAAUAUGGAUCCUGGAGACCAUAACAUUUGUGAUGAUUCCAGGUUUCCUGCAUUUGUGGAUGUGAAGGAAGGCAAUGUUCCCACUGACCGGAAUGUAUACUGGACCAGUAAAACUACAGAGACACCAGCUGGAGAAGGAGAUGUAUUCGAUUUAAGACGUACUAGUGGAACAAAUUUAAAUAUAUCACAAAUUGAUCCAGCACACCAGUUGGAACGCAAUCUAACUAGUUGUUCCAAUGCUUUAUUUGCUCAGACACAAGAUAUACAAGAAGACUAUGCUCCUUCUAGUCUACGAGAAUACAAUGUGUCUGUGGAUCCAUCAGCACAAAGAUUUCUAUUUCUCAACUCUCCUGGCGAUAUUUACUCAGGUUUUGAUAUCUGUUUAUCUGACACUUCGAGCAUUGAAGUCAUUGAGGAAUCUCUGCGGUCCAGGGAUGUGAAUAUGUCUAUUGAGGAUAAUGAAGCGGCAGAACCAAAUGUUUUAAGAACCUAGGAGUUUGUAAAACUGAGAAGAACAAAUGAAUGUACUGGUCCAGAUUGCUCCAUGCUGCUGUGCAGUGGUGUCAGCUCUGCAAAUUCAUUUACUUCAUCACAAGUGAAGGGUUGGUUCUGAUCUCAGCUACUAUAUGCCAUAUAUCUUUCACAACU